AUGAUAUCAAAUGGUUGUGAUAUUGAUGAUGAAAUAUAUAUAGACGAGAUAUUAACAAAUGAAGAUAUUCCUUCACUUGUUAAAUAUUUUAACAAUCCAAUAUUACAUGCUAAUUUACUAACAAUACCAUAUCCAUAUACAACAAAGGAUGGUGAAGAUUUUAUUCAAAAAAUAAAAUCAAACUCAUUAAAUUUAACACGUAUUUUUAGUAUUCGUUUAAAGACAAAUAAUGAACUGAUUGGUGGAUGUGGUUUUCAUCGUUCAAUUAAAAAUGAAAGACGAACAAAAAUUGGAUAUUGGUUAGGUGAACCAUAUUGGCAUCGUGGUUUAAUGCCUAAAAUUGUAAAAAAAGUAAUUGAAAUGAUAAAACAUGAGUGGAAAAAUUUAGUUCGGAUUGAAGCAGAAAUAUUUCCAUGGAAUAAGGCAUCAAUGCGAGUUGCACAAAAAUGUGGUUUCCAAUUUGAAGGAAUAUUACGCAAACAUGCACAUAAAAAUGGGCAAGAUAUUGAUCAACAUUUAUAUGCAUUGAUUAUUGAAUGA